AUGCCUGGUAUCAAACGAUCAAGGCCAGCAGAGGAAGCCGCGACCGGCUCCUCCAAAUUCGGUGCGACUAAAAAGAACAAGAACGCCGCUCUUGCCACAACUUCGACUCCUUCCUCCUCGUUACUUUCGGCACAGGAAGUCGACUUCCCCCGUGGCGGAAGCUCUGGCUUGACGCCGCUCGAAUUCAGGGAGGCAAAGCGCGAAGCUCGUUCCGAAUCCGCUGCCAACGAGCUCCUCUUCAAGGACGCAAAGGAUGAACAAGCAUUGGCGAAACGUAACAAGAUCAAGCAAAAGCACAAUCGUGAGAAACGCAACGAUACUAAGAAGAAGCGCACACCUGCUGCCGCAAGUGCACCUACGAUGCGCGCAGAGAAGAGCGAGCACCACCGAAUCGAGCACAUCAACUAUAAACGUCUCGUUCCUGGCUCUCGUCUGCUUUGCUCCGUCCUCGCCAUCCACCCAAUCGCCGUUGUCGUCUCACUGCCCAACCAGAUGCUCGGCCAUAUUCCUGCCACACAGAUCAGCCCACAGUUUACACAUCGUCUCCAGGUCGCUGCUGAUGCGAGCGCUGAGCACGAUGACCAAGAUGAAGAUAUGAGCACGGAGGAGGACAGCGAGAGCGAUGACGACGAUGCAGAAACCAACAGCGCACCAAACAAGCGGUCAAAGAAGGAUGUCACAAAGGUCCCCGAGCUGUCUGAACUCUUCCAUGUCGGACAAUGGCUGGUCGCUAGCGUCGUCCAAGUUCACUCUGGCGAUGUUGCCAAGGGCCGGCCCACCCGCGAGGGAGGCGAGUAUGAAAAGGAGUCUCGUCGUGUAGAGCUCUCGCUUUCCCCUCACCUUGUCAACACGGGCGUGUCCAUAUCGGAUCUUGACGUCGGCGCAUCCCUCUCUGCAACCAUCUCGAGUGUCGAAGAUCACGGCUACAUGCUCGACAGCGGAAUCCCCGAGUUCCGCGGCUUCGUUGGCUUCAGCGAUGUAGCCAGACUCCCCGCCAGCUUCCACGCAGGAAAGAACGGCAAGUCACUUGAGGUAGGCAGCGUUGUCUUUGCCAAAAUCACCAAGAUUCCGGAAAGCAAGCGCAGCUUUGAAGCGACGCUCGAUCCCAAGACCGUCUCGACCAGCCCGAUCAAGCACACUCCCAGCAUUACCGCCAUCCUCCCUGGUACGCUCACUAAGGUUCUUGUCACCGCUGCACUCCCCACCGGUCUCAACGUCAAGCUUUUUGGCAUGUUUGAUGCUACUAUCGAUCGUUUCCAUCUUCCCGAGCUCCCACAAGGCAAAGACAUUUCUGACGUUUACAAGGAGGGAUCCAAGCACGUAGCACGUGUGCUGUGGGACUUGCUCAGCCCGCCUUCCACUGCCUUGCAGAGCGACAUCCCGGAGCACGAGCGCAAACUUGGCCUCUCGCUGGCGCCGCAGGUGCUUGCUCUCGAGGCGCCAGUCGCCAAAGAUCAGCAGCUGCUUCAGCACGCUUACCCGAUCGGUGCUAUUCUCAAGGUGACCGUGGUGCAGACCAUCAACGACUGGGGACUCGUCGUCUCUGUUCAUGACACUGAUCUACGCGGCUUUGUUCACAUCUCACAAGUUUCGGAUGACCACGUUGUGUCGCUGCCACCCUCUUCCGGCCCGUUUGCCAAGGAAACGGUGCACAAGGCUCGUGUCGUCGGUCACUCGCCCACCGAUCGCACCUUGCAGCUAUCGCUCAAAGCAUCUGUGCUGGAGCGCAAAUUCAUGCGUGUUUCAGAAGUCGAAGUCGGCGAAGUCGUCACUGCCAACAUCAUCAAGCUGGGUCUACCCAAUGCAAUCUUCCUCCAGUUGCAGGGUCACGUGGAUGGCGUCGUCUUCUCCAAUCACUUUGCCGACGUCAAGCUUACGCAACCCGAGAAACGCUACAAACCGGGUCUUUCGGUCAAAGCGCGUGUCAUGGAUGUAGAUCCCAACCGCAACAGGAUUGUGCUUACGCUCAAGAAAUCGCUCGUCAAGUCGGAUCUGCCCAUCGUUGCCUCGAUGCAAGAUGCACGAAUCGGCGUCGUGACCAACGCUACCGUCUUCCGCGUCCAAACCAACUCGCUCAUCGUCAGCCUCUUUGGUGGAUUGAAGGCGCUCGUGCCUGGCAGGGAAGUGAGCGAGAACGAUUUCAACGACGUCAAGAGCAGCUUCACCGAAGGCAAGGUGAUCAAGAUCAGGAUCACCGAGGUCGACUAUGAGAAUCAGAAGGUUGUGGGUAGCAUCAAGCAGACUUUACCCGAAUACCUGGCCAAGCUCAACGUGGAUGCGGUCGAAGUAGGUGACAAGGUCACUGGUAAAGUUGCGGCCGUGCACAAGGAGGUGGUGGUGCUGACGCUAGUGCCCACGGGAGUGCGUGCAUUGCUGUCGCUUUCCGUGCUCGCUUCGAUGCGCAACACGACAUCUCAAGAGCUUCUUGAGAGUCUUGAGGAGGAUCAGGAGAUCGAGGAUCUUGUUGUGUCGGCCAAGAACCCUGCCAAGGGCAUCGUGAUUGUAGCUGACAAGGUCCGCUCCAGCAAGAGUGAAGACGUUGAAAACAACGGAUCCACCUCAGGCCAAGUCAAGCAGGGGAAUGUGGUACAAGGUCGCGUUAUUCAGAAAAACGACAAGUACCUGGACUGCGUCGUCGCUCUUGGCACUGCUACUCGUGCUACGCUUCACGUGACCGACCUGGCGGACGACUUCUCCCGAAACGUCUCCCUGCCCAGCCCCGGCCAGACCCUCCAAUGCUAUAUCGUGUCGCUCAAGUCGAAUGGCAAGAGCGCUGUCAUCUCCACUCGCCCGUCGCGCGUCGCUGCUUCUGACUCCGCCGAAGUCACCGAUCCGGAAAUCUCCUCGAUCAGCGACCUCGCCAAGGGCCAAAAGGUACGUGGCUUUGUCAAAGCCAUCACGAAUGUCGGUUUGUUUGUCACCGUCGGCCGCAAGCUCGAUGCGCGUGUCCAGGUGCGUGAGCUGUUUGACGAGUUUGUUCGUGACUGGAAGACCCGUUUCACCGUCGGUCAAGUCGUCUCCGGCACCAUCAUGGACACCAACGUGCACAACAACGAGAUCGAGAUGUCGCUCAAAUCCACUCCAGGCAGCAUCAAGCCUCGUGCAGAGCGUGCCGAAGAACGCGCCCUGCUCGACGCUAAGAAGCGUCCCAAGAGAUUGGCCGACUUCAAGGUGGGCGACAAGGUCAAAGGUUUCGUCAAGAAUAUCAUUGGCUUUGGCGUUUUUGUUCAGAUCGAGGGCACCAACGUUUCCGGUCUGGCGCACAUGAACGAGCUCAGCGAUGGCAAGGCGGACGAGGCCUUGAAGGCUUUCAGGGUGGGCGACAAGGUGAGGGCAAUCGUGCUGAGGAUCAACGAGGAGAAGAAGAAGAUCAGCUUUGGGCUGAAGCCAUCUUAUUUCGAUGCUGCUGACUUUGAGGACAGCAGUGACGAAGAUGAAGACGAGGAGAUGGCAGAAGCCGAGGCUGAAGCUGAUGCAGACUCGGCCAACGAAGACGAGAAUGAGGACGAGGACGAAGAGAGCGAUGAGGAAGGCGACUUUGUUGAGAUGGACGAAGAUAGCGAUGACGAAGACAACCAAGACGACUCCAAGCCGAAAAAGUCAGCCGUUCCGUCUCUUGCGCUCUCCGGUGGAUUCUCUUGGUCCGCCGGUGCCAAUGACGAUGAGGAAUCGGACAACGGUCUGUCUUCCUCCGAAUCCGACUCGGACUAUGACUCUGACUCGGAAACCGGAGCAGCCAAGAAAGCGGCGCAGCGCAAGGAAAAGGCUAAGGCGAAAGCCCAAGCAAAGUCUCGCAAGAACGCGCUCGAAGAGGACCUCACCGCGGACCUUGCUUCCAAAGCACCUGAAUCAGCCACCGACUACGAGCGUCUUCUUCUGGGCUCGCCCAACUCGUCGUUCCUCUGGAUCCAGUUCAUGUCGUUUGCUCUGCAACUGUCGGACGUCGACCGUGCACGCGAGAUCGCGCGUCGCGCGCUCAAAGUCAUCAACUACCGUGAAGAGCAAGAACGCAUGAAUGUUUGGAUCGCCUUGCUCAACCUCGAAAACACGUACGGAUCGGACGAGACUCUGGACUCGACGUUCAAGGAAGCCGUUCAGGCCAACGACGGAUUCAGCAUGUAUCUCAAGAUGAUCAACAUCUUCGAGACGAGCUCCAAGACGGAAGAGGCACAAGAACUCUUUGUGAAAGCAAAGGCCAAAUACUCUGUCUUGCCAGAGUUCUGGAUUGAAUAUGCUCGCUUCUACCUGCGCACCGACCAAGCGGAUGCUGCUCGAGCGCUGUUGCCUCGAGCAAUGCAAGCUUUGGACAAGCGAGAACACACGUCCACCAUCACUGCCUUUGCCAUCAACGAGUUCAAGCUGGGAGACGCCGAACGCGGUCGAACCAUCUUUGAGGGUCUGGUAGACAGCUACCCGAAACGGUUGGAUCUGUGGUGGCAGUACUUGGACCAAGAGUCGAGGUUGCAAGACAAUCAGGCUCAGGUGAGGAACCUGUUCGAGAGGACAAUGACGUUGAAGUUGACGGCCAAGAAAGGUAAAAGUCUGUUGAAAAAGUGGUUGGAGUACGAAAAGAAGAAUGGGGAUGUGAAGAGUCAACAGAAGGUCCUAGCGAGGGCCAAGGCAUUUGUCGACGAGAUCAACAGUAAGAACCAGACGGUCGAGGAUGAGGCGGAAGAGGAGGAUGACGAGUAG